UACCAGCCGGCCUGUACUUCAUGUUCAGUAACGAUGUCGGGUUCUGUUUCUGACGGACGUUGGGAACCUCGUAAAGCUCUAAAGCUUUACUUCUGUAUGAGCCAAAACCAGAUUAAUAUCCUCGGCUUAAUCCGCCUUUUUAACAGUUUCCUGCGGUGUUAAUAGCUUUAGAUUCGUCACUCGACUGGAGGCCUCUACACUAGCGCCGUUUGAGAAGUUUUUUGUUUGUUUGUUUAUUUUUGUGUGUGUACAUAUCGGACCCAAACAUGUCUCACUCUCUCUGGUCGGAAAAAAUCCUCCAGCUCCUCCGCCGCAUGAAUAACUUCUAUUUAUCAGGCUCGUGCCGUGCUAACUGCCUCAGGUUUGAAAUAGAAGGAGCUCAGGUGGGCUGGAUUCCGCCUCAGGUAGUUUCACAGUUAGCUCGGUACCCACAGGUGUUCAAUCCACCACAGGGUGGCGCUGUGGCGCUCUGCAGCAAUCUGGACUCCUAUGAGAAGAGAUCUGCGGCUGUGGAUGCCGUCCUGCAGACUCUGAGGAAAGAGGGAAACUUUCCCUUUCUGAAAGGAUGGAGAAACGAGAGGUACAGCGUGAUGCCAAGGUUCUGCGACCCCCCUCUGAUGUCGAUGGAGAGAGCAGCUACAAGUCUGUUUGGGGUGAAGCGGUACGGAGUCCAUGUGAACGGAUACACAGUGAGUGACAGUGGGGAGGUCAGCAUGUGGCUAGCACGACGCUCUCCUACGAAGCAGACAUACCCGGGAAUGCUGGACCAUGUGGUGAGCAGAAAAAAGCUUUACAAUUCUACAGCAGCAGGCGGUUUGGCUGCUGGUGUCAGCAUCAAACACACUCUGGUUAAAGAAUGUGAGGAGGAAGCGUGUAUCCCUGCAGACAUCGCUGAGAAGGCAAAACCUGUGACUACAGUAAGCUACACAUAUGUGGAGCAGGGGGAGGUGUUUCCAGAAAGUCAGUUUGUCUUCGAUCUGGAGCUUCCUCUGGAGUUUAAGCCCAGAAUCGGGGACGGAGAGGUGCAAGAAUUCUACCUGCUGCCCAUAGACAAGGUGAAGGAGCUUCUGGCUUCUGAAGACUUCAAACCGAACUGUGCCAUGGUGGUCCUGGACUUCCUCAUCAGACACUCCUUUAUCGAGCCGGAUUCAGAGCCGUACUAUCAGGAGUUUGUGGCGGGACUCCAUCAGACUGUAUGAAGACAAGCAGAGGACUGAAACGACUUGUGUCAUACACUGCUGUUUACAUUAAUGACAAAUGCCCCCCUCAGGAGCCUUCCUGAGAAGUGUCUGACUUUAAAGUCCUGGUGUCUGUGGGCUGAAACAGUCCAGUAACAGCAGGAUCUAAAGGUGAUCUUGUCUUUAGCUGCAGGUGCACAGCUAGAUCUUAGAUUGGGCUCAAAAGCAUGAAGCUUAAAAUAUUCCUUCAUCUGCUGCAGUACAGACAUGGAGAUUUCUCUCCUCCUUCCUCUUUACCACAAAUUCUCCUGAUACCAGCAGCCUAGACUCCUGGAGCCAUAUCACUACUCAUCCUAGGUCUUAUAUUAGAAAAAGUCUAAAAAAAAAUCUUUGCACCCUGGAUCUGUUUUUUUUUCAGUUGCAUUUUUCAAUAGUCAUUGCUUAGCCAAGUAGGUUUUUUCUUGCACCUCAUCAACCUUCAAGGUGCACAGUGGACAAAAAGUCUUGACGGAAACAGAAAGCUGCAGAAACACUUGUAGUGGAGAGCAGUGAUUCUCAACUGGUGGGUUGGUCAGUCACCGAAAAGUGCCUGGAAAAGAAACUUUUGCCAAAAUGUCUGAAUUACAGGCAUUUUUAUUUUAUUGUUCUACUGAUGACACAUCAGGAACUUGAAGCUCUAUUGAGGGUAAAAUAAAGUUGAGCAAGACUGAAAACGUGCUGUCUGCAGUGACUUCUUUGUUCCAGAAAAAUGUGAUUGUUUAAAUAUUUGAAAAUGAGUUAAAUAAAAAAGCACGUGAGCAUUA